CAUGACGCGUGCUGCCUUCACUCACUGCCCUCAAAAUCCCCGAUUCGCACGGUAGGGUGCGCGCAAGAUCACCCGUCAUGAACAGGUUCAUCCAGAGUGGCGGGAGGUCAAAUAGCCCACAGAUGGGCCAGCCCAGCGGAUCCGGCCGACGAGCAGGCGCCGAAAGCUUGAAAUUGCCAGUUGAACGGACGACAUUGAGCCACCAAGGCCCAGCUCGGCAGCAUACUGCAGCGCGCCGGCAAGCCAGCGGAAGCACCAACCUUCCGCCUCAGCAGCAGCAACCUCAACAACGGCGCCGCUCCGGUGAAGGCCAGGUAGGGCAGAGACAUGAUAUGUUCGAUACGGAUGCCGAAAGUCUCGAUACGACUACGAACAAUCAAUCCGUGGUGCAAGUGGAGGACAGCCAGCAGCACCAAGGCCAGUAUGCUCAAGAUGGCGGCGACGAUGAUGAGUAUGACGAGUCCGAGGACGGGGACGAUGAUGAAGAAGACGGCGAGUACGCACAACAUCCAUCAUUCGAGGACCUUGUCCAGCAUUAUAGGAUCCAGGACCUUUCGCGUGCGCGGCAAGAGGUAUUCUUGCAGGAGGUCGGUGCGUUGGGAAAUGGUAAUUCUUACCCAACCACCACCUCUGGACCACCGGAUGGGUUUCCUGACAGUUGGGCUGCAGAUCAGGAGCCACCGUGGGACGGUCGCCAUGACGAACGUGCCAUUUCGCCUUCACCUCGAAGGCCUCCCGGUAACGGCCAGCUAGGGCGCCAAACCGUUCAACAGCUGACUCAGCGUCCACGAAGUGCGGCGGAGGCGAAGCCUGCGAUGCCGAAGCAAUCCAAUACAGUCAAACAGGCCGCCGGUAUCCGCGACCAGCAACGGUCGAAUGUCAACCUCCCUGCGCGCGGAGGGGCUUUCCAACAUAACAAUGCUACUAUGCCACCCGCUAGCCAGCCGCCGACCUAUAGUCAGUCUACCCGCGAGACCGCUGCACCAGCGAAUGUCGUUUCCCAUUGCGAGCCUCCAGCGCAAGCUGACCCUCUGCCUCACCGCGGUGCACGGCCACUCUCAGGUCCUCAAGGUGCACUCACUACUAAUCCCACCGAGCCAUCUGCACCUCUCACACGACACGCCGCGGCUCGACCGAAGGAGGAGCCUGUUUCUCAUCACCAGCGUGUUGAAGAAGCGCCCGUUCGUGGACCCCCACCCUGCCCUAUCGAGGACUACGACCAACCGACUCUAUUCGAAAUGAGCUACGAUCAAUUGAAGAACGAAGACUUCGACACUGUGCCCCGCGGCGCGCCUCAGCCACUCUCGGAGGAUAUGCUUCAUAAGUCGCUCGCGGAACGCUUGGAGCACGUAUGGAAGAGCCUCGAUGCGGGCGACCAGGGCAAAUUCUUUCGCGCUCUACCGACUCACGAGUGGGAAGAGUCUGGUGACUGGUUCCUUGGCCGAUUCACCGAUAUCAUUCAGCGUACCAAAGAUGCCCGACAGAAGAAGAGGAAGCUUGCCAAGGAGUUCGAAGAUCAAGUUGAAACCCGCUACCACCAUGUCGCCAAAAAGCAACAGCAGGUUCAGAACGCUAUGGGCAAGAUGAAGACGCAGGGUCAGGGUCUCGUCCCGAGGAGUCCCAGGGCCUCGAAAACCCCUAGGAAGAUAUAAUGUGUCAGGGCGAUAAUUGCUAUUUGGAGUAAAGAGCAUUUCUAAGUUUUAUGGCGUUACGCUACUGGGCGUGCAUAAAUAACUAGGCGGCAUCAAAAGGACUACGGCGUGGUAUGGCGUAGAAAUCGGUGCAUGCUGGGUGUCGGAAG